AUGCUAGCUCUUCGAAGGCAACUAUCUGAAAACUCAGAAGCACCCCUAUUAGCUACCAUCAAUGUCGGAACCCUUACCCUUACUGGACGAAACCAAGAAUUGGCGGAUUUCCUGAGAAGACGGCUUGUGGAUAUAGCCUGUAUACAGGAAACAAAAGAAGAAAGCGCAAGAAGCAGGAUUGCUGCAGUUGACCAAAGUGAUCGACUUAUGAGCAUAAAGAUUGACACUGGAAGAAAAUUCUCCGUAUUCAUCUGCGCCUACGCUCCGCUGACCGUAUGCAAGGAGGUGGAAAAGAUUAUGUUCUGGCAGGAGCUUAACGAUUACAUCACAUCCAUAUCACAGGAUGAUACUCCUGCUUGGAGCAGACCUCAGUGGUCUUGAAUCAUGGCUUGCUAUCAAAGAGAAAACGAUAGGGCUUUCGGUCCAAUGACAUACCAAGCGAAUUCUGGAAAGAAUGCGGAUGGCUUGGUAUCUCUUGGCUUGCAGGCCUCCUCAAUCAGACUGCUGCAGGGCAGUCAAAACCUUCGUCAGGGAUCGGUCGCUCCUCUUCUCUUCAUCACUGUCAUGAACGCAGUGACGGAAGGUCUCAAGCGACAACCUCCAUGGGCCCUCCUGUGUGCAGACGAUGUGGUGUUGAUGACAGAAUAA